GCCUCUGGAGCCACGCCCCCAUUCGAGGGUCAAGUUUUCUAAGCCCGGCUCACGCUCCUUGUCACGUCUCCGAGGCCCGCCCCUGCUUGCCGUGUGUCUUGCUCAGGACCCAGCUAGCUCGGGCGCGCCCAGUCUAAGAUUCCAGGCGCUGGUCGCUGGGUGAUCUCUGCUCCCCGGCUUGGCCCUGAGAUUACCACCCGCUCUGCGCGUUCUCCCGUUGGGUUUGGCGCUUUCUCCCCAGCUUGGAGAGAGCACUGCGGCAGUCUCUGGAUGCAGACAAUGGAGGCGGCGCUGGCAGUGACCCGGCUGCCCCCGCAUGACCCGAGGACGCCAGCACUAUCGGUGGUGGACAUGCACACAGGCGGCGAGCCUUUGCGCAUCGUGCACGCCGGGUGUCCGGAGGUGGCAGGGCCCACGUUGCUGGCCAAGCGGCGCUACAUGCGUCAACACCUCGACCACAUACGUCGGCGACUCGUGUUCGAGCCCCGCGGCCACCGGGACAUGUACGGGGCCAUCCUGGUGCCCAGCGAGCUUCCCGACGCGCACCUAGGCGUCCUGUUUCUACAUAAUGAAGGCUACAGCUCCAUGUGUGGCCACGCAGUGCUGGCGCUGGGCCGCUUCGCGCUCGACUUUGAUCUGGUACCUGCACCCCCAAAAGGCGCCCGGGAGGCCCGGGUCAACAUCCACUGCCCGUGUGGGCUGGUGACCGCCUUCGUGGAGUGUGAAGGUGGCCGCAGUUGCGGCCCUGUGCGCUUCCACAGCGUCCCAGCCUUUGUCCUGGCCUCAGACCUCACCGUGGAUGUUCCUGGCCAUGGAAAGGUGGUGGUGGACAUUGCAUAUGGUGGGGCAUUUUAUGCAUUUGUUAGUGCAGAAAAAUUAGGACUUGAUGUGUGUUCUUCGAAGGCAAGGGACCUCAUGGAUGCAGCGAGCACGUUGACCAGAGCAGUGAAAGCACAGUUUAAAAUCAGCCAUCCAGAGAGUGAAGACCUUGGUUUUCUGUAUGGAACUAUCUUGACGGAUGGGAAAGAUGCUUACAGUGAGGAAGCCACAGUCAACAUCUGUGUGUUUGCCGAUGAACAGGUCGACAGAAGCCCCACAGGCUCAGGAGUGACAGCCAGAAUUGCUCUGCAGUAUCAUAAAGGACUUCUGCAGCUGAACCAGACCAGAACCUUCAAAAGCAGCACAACUGGCUCAGUGUUCACGGGCUGUGCGGUGAGGGAAGCAAAGUGUGGAGAUUUCAAAGCUGUCAUAGUGGAAGUUGCAGGACAAGCCCAUUACACAGGGACAGCAAACCUGACAGUGGAAGACGGUGACCCACUAAGGGAUGGCUUUCUUCUCAAGUGACUUUUUUUCAUAAGUCUUAAAGGUUUUCAUUAGAAAGUAAUCACCUCUAAAUGAUGUUUUCUCUGUGUUAUGUGCAAACCAAUAUCCAGUUACACUUAUAGGCUAAUUUGUAUACUUUCUAAAACAGUAUACUGUGUCUAAAAGUAAGGUAUUAUACUCCCUAUUUAGCAACCUUUUGAGCAUAAUUGUCACUAAUGGGGAAAACAGAGUGCUAAGAAUUCAGAAACUUUUUAAUCAUUAGUAUACCAUGCAAAAUUAAAACACAGUUACUUAAUCUAUGCUAUGGAAAUGACAAUACUUGUAAGUUUCUUUGAAUGCUCACUGCAGCUAUAGACCACACAGUAGUAAAUGUUAUGUUUGUUAUUUUAAUGUUCCAGUUUGAAUAAAAUAAAGCCGUCCAUAAGUA